GCCAAACAGCAUGUCGGAGGACGGCCCGAAAUUCAUCAAAUGUGUUGUAUGUGGUGAUGGUGCCAUUGGAAAGACAUGUAUGUUGAUGAGUUACGCUACCAACAAGUUCCCCACGGAAUAUGUACCAACUGUAUUUGAUAAUUACGCAGUGACGGUGGCCAUCAAAGACCAACAAUACCAACUGGGACUUUUCGAUACUGCAGGACAGGAAGAGUAUGAAGGGCUCCGAAAAUUAGCAUACCCCGGAACACAUGUAUUCCUUCUGGCAUUUUCUGUAGUGAUGCCGGAAUCACUUCGGAAUAUAGAACUAAAAUGGCUUCCUGAAAUACUACAGACACUUCCGCCGGCUGCUUACCUUAUAGUGGGUACCCAGGUAGAUCUGAGAGAUGACGAAGACAUCAAACAGAAAUUACAAAAACGGAGACAAAAACCUGUAACAAUUGAGGAGGGGCAACGAUUUGCCAAACGUGUGGAUGCGGACUGUUAUGCCGAGUGUUCGGCCCUCACAAGACAAGGACUGAAAGAUGUCUUCGAUGAGGCAAUGAUCGCUGUACUGGACCCAAAGAAACAGAGACGACCGCCGAAAAAACGGCGCCUGAAAUGUGUUAUAUUGUGAGCUACCGAUGUGUCUUUGUCCAGUUGUUAAUAUUAUCCCUCUGAUCCACUGGUCAACAAACCCAUUGUGUGGUCAGUUUAUAGCCGGAUAUUAACUUAUCUGACCCCAGAGGUUAGGAUAGCUCUAGUGUGUACGUAAUAGCCGUUGGACGAUCACCAUUAAGGAGAUGCAGGUGAUCGAACUAUGGCCAACGUCCGGUUAAAGCACACUGUUAUUUCCUCACUGGCAGGAAGACGGAUUUCUGGAGCUGUCCAGUAAAACGAAAUGUGAUGCAAGCAUAAUACCCAGUUUUAUAUAUCUUUCAGGAGAAUUUUAUCACAGAUCGAGGAGCGAUAUGGAAUAUUCUGUACACUUUGGUAGCAGCCUGAAUAUCAGCAUUAUUCUUAUAAUCAUCCACAUAUCUUUUGUUCAGAUUUGAAAAGAUUACAACAACCUAUUUAUAACUUGUUUCAAUAAUCAAAUAUUGGUAUUCUUACAAUCCCAUGUUCAUAAGUUUAUCAUAGCAACGAAUAUGGUGUAUAAAAACCGAGAUAUACUUUCAUCUUUAAAUACAAAACAUUCCUCAUAUAUUUCAUUCAUGUGUGCAAUACAACUUCAUUCCUUCGUCUUAAAUAAUCAUGAACAAUCCUGGUCAUAAUGGUGCUUUGGUCAUGUUGAGAUGUUUAUAUUGAUUUCAAACGUUCAUGUCACCUUGGUGCUAAAAUUAAAUCCCGACUCGCUUAAAUAUUCUUUUCAUGCGUUGCCUAUUGCACUGAUCCACCUCCCCAUCAGCACUGGAAGAAAAAGACUUUACCACAAGUCUGUGUCUGUACAGAAAAUUACAUUAAAAUUGUAUACUGAACGUCAGACCGCCACAUUUCCUGGAAGAAUAUCGGAAUAGAUUGGUGCAGUCGUACCAGGAGUUGACCUUGUGGUGAGCAGUGUCACGAGUCACUCUUUUUGUCUUACCUGAAUAUUGCGCUGAUUAGAUUUUACGUGGUCAAAUAUUUAAACAUUUCCUAUUCUAUUUCUUUCAACAAUAGAUACUUAAUACCAUUUCUUAUGUCACUUGAUAAACGUCACAUAUAUAAAUAGACCAUUUGAAAUUAUAUUUUAUAAUUUUAUUACAUACUAUGUGUUCUUAGUGAUUUGUGUUCGCAAAUUCAGUGAAAGAUAUCUUAUUGAAGACGGAAUGUUACAAAUCCAUAUAUGUGAAUUCAGCGUGGCGUGAUUUUUAUUUUCUAUACGAAAUGAUAAGAAAUGUUUGUAGACAUAUAUUUCAAGACAAUUUGGAAAUGCAUUUUAGCAAUCGUGCAAAAUAAUAGUACCCUUUGAGAGUAUACAGUAUGCCAUGUAAUGAUAGUGUUGUAAGUAUUUUUUAUUAAUCAAGAAAACGGAAGACAGUUUGAAUAGUUAUUCUAGAAGUAGAUGUAGUGAUCGAAUCAAAGAUAUUUCACUCGCUACAGAUAUAUUAUACGUUUGGAUUUAGAUAUAAAUAUAUGUAAUUUUAAUCAGAUUAAGGUAAAAAUAAGAAUCAUGGUGAUAAUCUGGAAUUCAGACACCUAUCACGAUUUACGGGAUCUGGCGAGUUAGUCAGAUGCGAUGUUUUGUGAGCCGCGGUGGUAGAUUGGUUAAGUGCUCUACUUCUGGGUUGCGGGUUCGAGACCUACGUGGGGCAUUCUCCAGGCACUGGCCUUAGGUUGGUGUUUUUUUCUCUCGGGAACUUCGUAUUUCCUCCUCCACCCAAACUUGGCACUUCCUUAAAUGUCUCUGGCUGUUAAUAGGACGCAAAGCAACAAUAAACAAAACUAGCUAUAUUUUGUAAUGACAAGACUAAUGUCCAGAUUUAUACUCAAAUCGUUAACCAAGCGUUUUUGAUCAGUUAAAGUGUUUUGUGGAAAUUGAUUAUCUGAAGCACAAAUAAUAAUACACUCUCAUGGGCAUGAUGAGGUUAUCCUCGUGGUGAAGAUUCAAAAGUCAGGCAUCAUCGUUUUUAGUAUAUCGCAUGGUCAUCAUCAAUGUUCUCAUUGGCCGGACUAAGUAUUUUGACAAGGUGGAAUAUACUUUGAUACUAAAAUCUGAACACUACAGAUAUUGGUGAACUAGAACUUGGUUAGAUCAACGGACACGAAACUGUCAAAAAUGUAUUUUUAGAAAUAUAUUCGUUGCGUUUUUCAUGUUUUAAAAAUCACAUUUGAAUCAUUCACCAUUUGUUUAGUUAUAAGUCUGUGUUAUUGAGAAUUGUACUUUACGUUUUUAAUUCUAAGAAACUUGAUCUUCAACAGAAUAUAUACCAUACUAGUCCUUAAAACGAACGUCUCGGUUUUGUAUUAAAUUAAAAAAGUUGUUUUUCUAUGACACAUUUUAAAGAUUUUUAUGUACAAUAAUAUUGCAGUAUUCAAUUUUGUAAACAAAAAUCUUUUUACUUUUGUACAUGCCCUAGUUUACAGUUUCUGCAUUUAGUAAACUUAGCAAGCCAGUCUGUAGAAUUACUCAUAGCACUUGCACGACGUUUUGCUGUUUAAUAAAAAUUUCGGGUUUGAAAUAAAAGCUUUUUCGGUUGUUAAAUUUAGAAAUCAUAUUUUGCUUACGUUUAGAUAAUUCUGAUAUGAAAUACAGUGUAUAUAUCAUAAAAGUAUUCGUGAUUCAUAGAAAAUCUUAGACAAUAUCACCUUGAAUUAUCAUAAGUUAAAACGAAAGAACGUUCACUUCUACGAUAUAACCUCUGGUGAUGACGUCACAAAGCUGAGAAUGCCCUCCGAACGUCAAUUACAUAACAUAACAUAUUAUAUAUAUAUCAAAACGACAAUAUUCAUCGCCGAAUACCACGGUCAAUAUCGAUUUUUAUAUAAUAUCCGCUCAGAGUUCGAAUACCUCAGUGUUAACAUGGUAGAAUGUCAUUAUGAUAUCAUUAUUCGAUCGAUAUAUUUAGUAAGGUUAAACAUUACACUGGAUUUAUUAAUGUUCAUAAUUGACACUGUUUAUUUAUCAGUGCCUUUAGAUCUAUAAAAACAUCGAUUUUUAAAGGAAAAAUAGUUUUUUGGGCAUAAUUUUAAGCGAUGCUUGGUCGAUAACUAACAUUGUAUAUGCUAUUGUGAAACAAAUGUAAAGGACACAAAAACCAGUCAGGAAAGAAAUAUUUGUGAAUUAGCCAAUAGAAAAAAUCACAAUUAAAGCGAAUACUUUAUAUGUAAAAUCGUGUAAACAAAAAGUUCUUUAUUUGAUCAUUAUAAAACAUAUUUGUAGUUUUAUUCGAUGCUUCUUAUCAAUAUCUUCCCAGGGCGUACUACACAUGUAGUACAGUUCAUAACGAGACUUCUCAAGAAUUAUAAAUAGACGACAUAACUGUAUGUAAGUAGAAGUCAUUGAGAUCAAAAGUGUAUUGUUUUUAUCAUUCUAUAUGAGUGAUAAGUACGUACUCCUGACUCAUGAUAGAAAUCGUCAUUGUGAUGAAGGGAAAAAAACCGCAUCAAAAUAGAUAAACAUUGUGAAUUUUUCUGUUCCGGACACGUUACUAAACGAUUUUGUUUUCUAUCUCAAAUUAUUAUUGUUGUCACACACACCUAUUUUAUGAACAAAUAAUACCAGUAACGUAUUAGCAAAUGUUGUAUAUUUUUGCAAAUUCGUAAGAUAUAUUUUUCCUUCUGAUUACAAAGAAUGUUUUAAAAUGAUCGUAAAAUUCAGAUCUGUGGAAUUUUUAUCCAAAUUUGUCUUGUCACUUGUAGGAUUUAUAUAUGUAAGUAUUUCAUUAUUUAUCUUACAUGUAUUUUUUCGUUCUGCAUUUUUUUUACUGUCAAGAGAAUUAUAAUACAUCAUUUACAAUGAAAGCCACCGUAUCCAUUUGAAAUGUUUUCCGUGACCUUUAAGUGAUCAAUAGGUUAUCUUAUAAUGACCUAUUGACGUAUGAUUUUUUUAUAUCUCUCCGGGACUAUUUUUAACAUUAAGACAAUUUUAAGGGUAUGUGUGACGUUUUGUCAGUAAAUAUGCUGACAAGUAUACGAUUUUGGUGUAGUAAUGUUUGAUUUUUCUCCUUUCCUGUCUUCCGUUUUAGAGAUAUCUUCCUUAUGAAGAUGGUAUAUUCUUACUCAGACGAAAACGAUCAUUUUAAAUCGCCCUUUCUGAACUUAAAAAAUAUCUUAGAUAACCUAAUCAUAGAUAUUUUAUCAAUACUUCCGUUAGAAUGUUACUUUUAUCAUAUGAAACGUUUAAAAAUAUAUUCUGUUAAUAUAUUGAAAUAUAAAACAUAUAUGUCUCUCAUUGUUAUCCGGUUGGUCAUGCGUUGAUAUUAUAUUUAACUGACCUUGUUUUACAGGAAGUACCAGAUAACGUAUGUAAAUAUAUCGACAGUAUCAUAGACAAUGGAUUCAAAAACAAUAUAUGACAGAAAAGAGAAUUACAGAUUAUGUUACGAAUCAAUUGUUGACUAUAUAUAACACAUGGAUUUAUUUUAAUUGUGUUAUUUUUAAACGAUUCAGAUCUAAUUGAGUAAAUAAAAAGGAAACAAAAUCCU